AUGUGGCGUCGGUACAACAGGUCUGCGUCACUCGCCAUAACCUCCUUUGGCGCCGUAACCAACCUCGCGAUAACCAUCCAUGUUCUCAUCGCAUGGCGGUCGCUCAAAUGGGAGCCAGAGUCCGAGUGGGAGUCCUCUGGCGGUAAUUGGCGAUUAGAUGGUGUCAAGAUCCUCUGGGCACUCCUCUUCAUCUACUUCACCUCCGCAGCAACAGUCUGCAUCGUUGGUCUGCUCGGAAUCGUCAAGGUCUCUUCCCCUUCUUUCCUUCUUUUACCACAUAUACCGUCCUAUGUCCGGUUCUACCGCGACUACUCCAUCGCAGACUUUUCCUUUUGCGCCUUCUCCGCUGCGCUAGCGACGUAUGGUGCCUUCAACAGCACUGCACGUGCCGGCGUCUGCGAGGAAUUCUCGCACCACCCCGAGCUCAUGCGCGAUAUGCUUGAGAUGGGGCUCACCCUCGAAAAUUGUGAACGGUGGCUAGAACGCGCCGUCCUUGCCGCUCUUGCUGUUUUGUUCAUCGUCAUGGUCAUCCGAGUACGCCACACACUCUCUUACCCUUUUCUUCCACUAAUUUUGUACUACCAGCUGCACUUCCUACUAGCAGUAUCAAAUUUCUACUCCCACCUCAUGCGUCAUCACCACGCCAGAACCUCUUCCCGCAGCAUAAGUUGUUCCGCCGGAUCACUACCGGCCAGCACAACUCAACGCAUCUUCCUCCUCCCACAACAACACGAAACACAAGAACCUUCAUCAGAAGUCGUCUACGCACCUGUGCCCCUCAACUCCCUACCUAAAGAGAUGCAGAUGCAGGCGAUGGAGGCGUGGGUCCAACAGCAGCCGGAGGACGGGCAGGGGAGCGAGAGGCCAAGACAUCAUCAUCAUCACCACCACUCUCACUCGCACCACCACCAUCACAGACGCCAGUCUAGGUCAAGCAGCGCGGAUACCCUCACGGGGACGAUACGCUUGGAUAUUAAGCCGGAUGAGGGCUUGUUGCCGGCUUACGAUGGGGAAGAUGUGGAGCGGGGGAAGGCGUGAACCUUACUCUUGAGCAGCCCGUCCAUCUCACCUCACAUUUUGUGUGUGCCGCUUGCCCCUUCCCUCCUUCCAAAUCCGUUUCGUUUGCAUGUUUUACUACUACCCACGAUUUAUUUACUUGCAUCACCCUUACGCAUCCCGCAGUCGCAUUGCACCCGUUGAUCAUCCAAGUCAACCCAGCCAGCCCAGCCAUUUCAAAUCUGUACCCGUCAUCCAGUCAUGUACAAACAACCCUCACUCCCUCCCUUCUCAACGAGCACCUUCAAUCCGGGCGCGCUACCCCUCAUCUUUUUUUUUUUUUGACUUGUGUAUCAAGUGUACUCCUCUUACAUGCAGUAAAUUUUUAUUUGAUCGAUG